CUUCAAAAAUCAUGCAUUCCAAUUCCUACUACAUUACAUUUUAUAUCUCUUUCUUCCUUUAUUCUCUUCACCUUCUUUUAACUCUCUCUAUUCAUCAUGGACAGAAACAAUUCUCGUAGGCAACUUGCUGCAAUGAAACAGUCCCUCUUUGAUCAGGGACAUCUUGAUGAGCAAUUUAUUCAACUUGAAGAAUUGCAAGAUGAUGCUAACCCUAACUUUGUUGAGGAAAUUGUCACUCUUUACUACCGUGAUUCAUCUAGGCUUAUCACUAACUUGGAACAAACACUGGAAAGGAAUCCAUUGGAUUUCAACAAACUGGACACAAUCAUGCACCAAUUUAAAGGAAGCAGCUCAAGCAUCGGUGCCAAAAAGGUUAAAGCAGAAUGUACUCUGUUUAGGGAAUAUUGCAGGACAGGACAUGCAGAAGGGUGCAGAAAGAGCUUUCAACAAAUGAAAAAAGAAUAUGUAGCAUUGAAAAAGAAACUUGAAAAUUAUUUUCAGUUGGCUAGGCAAACUGGGCCCCUGGAUAGAGCAUGUCGCCCAAAGUAAAGACUUUAUAGAAAUAGAUAUUAUGCAUUUAAUGAGGACAUGCAAAUGUAACUGGUGAAUUUUUGUUACUGAAGGAAAAAAAAAAACAUGUUCAGUAUUCACCACUAGAAUUGGAAAGGCUUUAUAGCCUGUUUGAGAGCAUUGUGCUACCAAAUAUGAGGUCUAUGUAUUUGUCAACAAAAAAAAAAUGAGGUCUAUGUUUUUUUUAAUCAAAAGUGAUGUAGGAAUCCUUCUAUGGAGCUUUAUAGUUUAUACUAUCCCUAUAGAGGAAAAUUAUGUUACAACAUAACUAUUAUUAACAUCAAUGUAAUUCUCUCUUUGCUCACCCAUCAAAA